AUUAGAUAUUUCUUCCUGUAAAGAUUCACGUUAAACUUUCCAAUUUGAUCUCUUCUUCUUCUUCUUUUUUCCUACUUUUCUUUCAACAUCAAGCAAUUUAUAGCACCCAAGAAACAAACAAGUUCCUCACUCUUUCAGCUGACUCAUAGUUUUUGAUUGAUUCAUCUUCUCUGAUUCUUUUAUUUUCUCAUAUUUCCAUUUCUUGAAACUUUUCUAAGAAAUUCCCACAAAAUAUGAUUCAUUUCUGAAAUCAAUCACUUUGUUUUCUUGGUUAUUUGGGUAUUGAGGGAUUCGAAUUUUCCACUUUCUUUCCAAAGUUGUAAUCUUUUCAGUGUAUUGCUAUUUGGGGUUUUUCUUGAUUUGGGUUGGAAAAAAGGGGGUGAAUCAAAAAGUUGGUUUUUGAGAUAUUCUUGGAUUUGGGUGUUGUGGGUAUUGGUUAAAAUUGAGUCUUUUGUUCAUUUAAGUUUUUGAUCUGUUGGCGUAUUCUUGGAAGUUUGUGGUUGUUGUUUGGUGGAUUGAUGAGAGUUUGAAGUGGAUUGGUGAUUGUGAGAGAUUGUUUGAAUGGCUUUAAAAGAGUUGAUUGAGAUCAAGUUCAGGCUUGCUGAUGGCAGUGAUAUUGGACCCAACAAGUAUACACCUGCCACCACAGUGGGUUCUCUUAAAGAAAAGAUAAUUGCACAGUGGCCCAAAGAUAAAGAUUCUGGGCCAAAGACAAUAAAUGAUGUGAAGCUUAUUAAUGCUGGAAGGAUACUUGAGAACAAUAAAACACUUGGUGAAUCAAGACUUCCAGUUGCUGAAGUUCCAGGAGGUGUCAUCACUAUGCAUGUUGUUGUACGCCCACCUAUGAAUGAAAAAGCCCGUGAUAAACUACAGGAUGAUUCCCUGAACAAAGGCGGGUGUGCAUGCACAAUCUUGUAAUCCGUCUAACCAUAUAACAAAAUUAUUCCAGUUCAGUAAUAUUCCGUAGUUCAUGGAUUUUUCAGUAGCGGAUCUUUGGAUGCAUCCAAGAAGUAUCAAAUGGCAAAAUUUGAAGUUCAAUUAUCAUUCAAGCUCUUUGCUUUUACCUUUAGAUUUCAGCUUGACAAACUUGCUUAGAAGGCUAAAAGGGAUUUGGUGCACUGCUGUGUAGGAACUUUUGUGGGAAGUACGAAAAAACAAAAGAAUUGUUCAAGAUUAUAGUUGGUUUGAUUUCUUUAAAUUUGCAAUCAUAUAACUAUGAAGAACUUACAAAUUCAGGCAUGUGUACUUUGUUGUUGUUGCACCAUUUCUUUUGUCAUUGAUGAUCCAAUGUCUAUGGAAUUAAAUUCACCAUAACAAUUUAUAUUGUUUAUGUUAUUUCCCAAGUUACUUGA